UUCUCUUUAUUUACUUCGCCUUGCAACUGCAGAUGUACAUCCAUUGGUGUUUGAUACAAGUCCCAUCUUUUUUUCAGUUUUAUGAUCUUUUUGCUUUCUGGUUUAUUCUAUAUUCUCCAAGCUUCAUGGAUUUAGCACAUAAGCUCCUAUUCACAGCUUUGCUCAUCUUUGCAGCAACCAUUGAUGGGACACAGGCAGCUGCCAUGGUUUCUGGUGCUGUUUUCUGUGACCAAUGCAAAGAUGGCCAGAGAUCCCUCUUUGAUUAUCCCCUUUCUGGAAUGAAGGUGACUAUUACCUGUGCUGAUGGUACUGGACAAGUGACAAUGUCAAGGGACGAGACUACAAAUGUAUUUGGGAACUAUGUGAUGAGGUUUGAUGGCACACCAGACUUAAGUAACUGCAAUGCCCAGGUUUCAGGGAGUGGAGAAGGGUCAAAUGAUUGUGGUGCAACUGCUGGUCCUGCCCAGAAUCUUAGACUUAUGUUCAGGAUGUUUGGUAUGGAGAUUUAUGGUGUGGAUUCUUUGCUUUCUGAGCCUUCCCAGCCCAUGUCCUUCUGCCCAAGGUCAUCUAACCCUGUGCCUGCACCUAUAAUAACACCUACAAGGCCACCAACUCCGACUUUCAGGCUGCCCCCGCUGCCACCAUUGCCUCCAAUGCCUCCAUUGCCCUUCUCUGAGGCAUCAGCUUGUUCACAUCAGUACUGGACGAUGCCUGAGUACAAAUGCUACUGGAGGGUACUGAACCCUGAGACAAAGGUUUCUCUUAUUUUCGGGCCACUUGCUGCUAGGAGAUAUGGGUCUGAUAUGACCCUGUGGGAAAGCCUUCAAGGGAGAGGAGACCCCUAUAAAACUCUGCUGAGGGAAGCCACAACGGCUCUUCUCAACUCAUAUAACACCCUUCAAUUCCCAUACAACUCAAUUGGUGUUGUCACACGUACCAACUGGGCCUUGAUGGGUUCAACCAGAGGUGUCCUCAUCACUGCUUUACGCUUCAUAAGGGCUAAUUCCGGUUCUGGUCGAGUCACCUGCAAAUUAACCCCUUGCAAAUGAUAAUCCAUAAUUUCCGAUUACAUUCCUGAUUUUAUUUACAGGCUUUUUAAAUUUGUUUCUAUAAUUUCUAUAUCAUUCAUCAUGCCUACCUAUAUUCUGAGAAUAAAAUUGGAGUCCCCCAAUUUCAUACAA